AUGGUCGAUGCAGUGGGCACCGUGACCAAGAUUGUGGAAGUUGCACUAAAGAUCAAGAAGGCUGCAGACACGGUGAAGCAGAAUGAAGAUGCCUGCAAGCAAAUAAAAAGCCGCGUGGAGAUACUCAGUACUACGUUGUCGCAGCACCAGAAUAACACAGAGCUAAUGAACAACUCGGCAGUGAGGCUCGCACUUGAUGCGCUGGCCGAUAUCCUUGGUGAGGCCUUGAAGCUCGUCACCGACUGCCAGGAGGAGGACACCAACUUCCCGUGCCUUCUCUACAGUUCCGGGAAACUGUCCCAAGAGUUAAUGAAGGUGGAGCAACAUAUAUCCAAUAAGAACAUGGAUGCGACGUUGGCCAUCAUUGCUUUCCUUUUACCUAAACCAAUUGGUCCAGUCAGUUUACCUCCAGCUCAACAGGUAUGA